GUUCCCAAGCCACCCGUAAAAAUCCGCAGCGAAACGCAUCAUCCCCUUUCUUCCUCGUCGUGCUCCCGGCCUCCACACGACCACUCUCCCCCGCUCAGCUCCCAUCCUCGCCUCCCAUGGUGUCUCUCCUCUUCCUGCCGCGCACGACGCCCACGGCGUCCCCGCGCGCCGCGGCCAGGCCCAGGGCCGGGGCCAUCACCUGCGGCCCGCGCGACAACCGCGGCCCACUCCAGCGCGGCCGCUCCCUCUCCACGGAGGCCAUCCACGCCGUGCAGUCCCUCAAGCGCCUCACCGCCGCCGACCGCUCCCCGUCGGCCGCCCGCGGCGCGGCCUCCGCGUCCCUCGGCCGCCUCCUCCGGGCCGACCUCCUCGCCGCCAUGGCCGAGCUCCAGCGGCAGGGCCACUGGUCCCUCGCCCUCGCCGCGCUCCAUGUGGCGCGCGCCGAGCCCUGGUACCGGCCCGACCCGGAGCUCUACGCCACGUUCGUCUCCUCCUCGCCGCCCUCCGAGGCCGCCGCCGGCGCCGUGGACGCGCUCGUGGAGGCGUUCCUCGAGGAGAAGGAGGAGGGGCGCGGCGGGCGGCUCUCGGAGUCGGAGGGGCCGUGGGUGGGGGCGGACGUGUACAAGCUCACCAGGCUGGUGCGCGCGCUGGUGGCCAAGGGCAGGGCGCGCGCGGCGUGGAGGGUGUACGAGGCGGCGGUGAGGAGGGAAGGCUGCGAGGUGGACGAGUACAUGUACCGGGUGAUGGCGCGGGGGAUGAAGCGGCUGGGGCUCGAGGCCGAGGCGGCGGAGGUGCAGGCCGACUUUGCGGAGUGGGAGGUCAGGGUCUCGCCGCCGGCGAGGCACCUGCUCGACGAAAUGCGCGCGAGGGAGAACAGCAACAAGACGGCGACGACGGCUUAGUUUUCUUGUACUGGAAAAUAAAUCUAGAGAGCACGAGUGUGAUUAAUUGUUUUCUUUUACUGGAUACUUAAAAUGUCGUCCUGCUGUACCUAUGGUGUGGCAACGCAUAUGCCACAGUUCAAAGUUCAGAAGGCCUGUUUGGAUUGUGA